AUGUCUCAGGUCUCAACCCCUCUAGUGUUACCCCUAGUGCUUCGCUGGUUGCAUGACAUCAGGAUUGUUUACGGGGUUGGCCGUGCGACUAUCGAUAAGGGCGGUCUUGAGAGGCUUGGAGUCUUGGCGCUCGGGCCAUUUGCAACUUCUGUCCGUGCUCCACCCUUCAAUCCUGUCACGACUCCAGCUUCCGCAAUGGCCACGCAUCGGGCGGACGCCAGCACUUUCCUGGACAAUCGGGGCUACAGUGGUCCUCUUGUACGGGGCGUCAAUCCCGUCACUCUCUUCGAGAAAGCAGUCCGAGACCGCAUCACAGACUCUUAUUACUGGAAGGAACAGUGCUUCGGCUUGAACGCCGCCACUCUCUGCGAUCGCGCAGUCGAACUCUCCUCUAUUGGGGGUACAUAUGGCAUCUCUGAAAAACCUUCGCCUUUUCUCUGCCUUGCAUUCAAGCUCCUGCAGCUCAACCCCGAGCGAGAUGUGGUCCUAGAGUACCUCAAUUUUACCGACCCAGGAAGCGACGAUGAGGGUGACGACCCGGCUCACAACGGGGUGGUGAAAGGACGUGGGGAUUUCAAAUACCUUCGUGCCCUAGGUGCCUUCUAUGUGCGACUUACUUUUGAGGCUGUUGACGUCUACAAAACCUUGGAACCUCUACUACUCGAUUACCGAAAACUAAAGCGCCGAGUCCGUGACACAUACACCCUUACCUACAUGGACCAGUUUAUCGAUGAUCUUCUCACUAAGGACCGUGUUUGCGGUACGAGUCUGUGGAAGCUGCCGUCGCGACAACAAUUAGAGGACUUGGACAUGUUGGAUGAAAGGAUUAGCCCGCUGGCGGAUGAGUUGGAAGAAUUGGAUCGUGACAGCGAUGAGGAGAGAGAUGACGCUGAUCAUGACAGCGGCGACAACGAGUCCUCCGGCAAGCGAAGUGGGGGCGAUGAUUGA